AUCAUUCAGUUUGUUCAGUAACGAGCAGCAAGUAACAUCUUAUCAACUUAUCAGUUUUAAUUGUUAUCAACUAACUUGAUAACAAUUCUAUACAUUGAUAACUGUAGUUAUUUAAUCUGAUUAUCAACAAUUUAAAAUCCAAUACAAGAGAUAAUUUUUUUUUCUUCUUCUCUUUUUUUUUACUGAUAAAAGUUUUACUUCCGCAUCCUCAUCAUUCAUUUAUCUCAUUAACUGUUUUGCUGUUUUCAUCUUACAUAUUUUGGAGGUGAUUAAGUUAUGAAUCGUUCUGGUCACAUUUUGAGCCCUGUUGUUGAAAGUUCUGGUUAUCGUUAUCCAAAUCGUCAUCGAAACAGUUCACCUUCAAUUAAACCAAGACAAUAUCACCCGAGGCGAUCAUGUGAUGGUCAUUUUGCCUUUCUAACUGCAAACGCUUCUUCAUCAUCUUCAUCACCUUCACCAUCAAAGUUAACCAACAACAGUAACAACCAUUCACACAAUUUUACCUUUGAUACUGAUGGUCGAGGUUCAAGUCCAGUGUCCAGUUCAACUAGUACCUCAUCAAUAAGUCCAAGUAGAGGUCAAUCAAUGGUUUUAAACGGUUUCCAUCAACCUCAAUCCCAACAACAGUAUCAUUAUCAUAUUAACAAUGAUACCAAUAGACAUUAUCAACACCAAUCAUCACAACAACAACAUCGAUCAUCAUCAUUAUCAACUGGUCCUACGGUCAAUCCACAAGUCCAACGAACUCAACAAUACUUUCGUCCUCGCGUGAAUACCUUACCCGAUGCAUUAAGUGGAAUUGUGUUGAAUGUCAUUGAAACCGAUCGACGGGCUCGAUCACGAAGUCAAAGUUACACUCCACCAACAAGUAACAACCAUUCAAACCAUCAACAUACUAACAACAAUUAUACCACAAAUGGAGGUGGAGGUGUAGGUCGAAAAAAUCGACGGAAAAGUCAAGAACGUGUAUCUUAUUCUGAUGCCGAUAGUUGGACCAAUUAUCGUAAAACUUCAAUUGAUCCGAGAAAAUUUUCCAUCUCUGAGGUACAUGACGAUUCUAUUCCAGAGCGUGAUGAUAAAUCAUAUCGAGUUCUGGUUCUGGGAGCUGAUAAAGUGGGAAAAACUACUUUACUCCAUCAGCUGAUUCGACAAGAAGAGAUGGAGAAACUUUCCCACCGGGAGAGAUCGAUUAAGAUGCUUAUCCCAAUCGAUAAUGUGGAUGUUUCCAUAAUCUUCGAUAACCAACCUUUCAAUGAUGAUCUUCUCAAUGAUAGAAUGCACCAUGAAAAGAUUUUCUAUGAUUCUGUGAUAGUAAUUUACUCAAUCACUGAUCGUCGGAGCUUCGAGAUUGCCGCUCAACUAUUAACCAUGGCGAUCUUUGAUUAUAAGCGAAUCAAUUGUGACCUCAAGGUUUGUCUGAUCGGAAAUAAAUCUGACCUGGUUCGAGCUCGAGCAGUUGAACAUCAUGAGGGUAAAUCACUUGCCAACAGGUUCGAAGUUGAUUUCCAUGAGGCAUCGAUUGAACUCGAAGAUAAUCUUGAUCAUAUUCUUUAUUGGAUCUCUAAUAAUGUUCGAACUCGAUUCGGUUUCAUGCCGAUCAAUGGUUCUACUCACGGGAAAUUCCGUCGGGCUUUAAGCUUCGUUAAACGGGUUCUUCGAAAACCCGAUUCAAAGCAUCGAUCUUGCGAAUCAAUUAAUGCCAUUUAAUCAUCUCUCUCAUCAUCGUUCAAUUUAAUAUCAUCAUUUAUCAUUAACCAAUUAGUUCAUUAAUUGUUUCCAUUAAUGAAAAAUCUAGUUGAUUAACAAAUGAGAAAAAAAAACUUUUCCAACUUUUUCUUGUUCUUUUCAAAACAAUUAGUUAAUUGUUUAUAUAUAUCAUGCAAUUUAAUUCACUAAUUGUAAUAUCCUGGAUAAAUUUAAUCAUCGAUCAUCAGAAUUAUCAUUAUUUUUUAACUUUUAAUUAAAAACUUGUUGGUAAACCAAAAAAUAAGAAACUUGAUCAUCACAAUAAAAUCACAAUUUUCUCAUUCGUUUAUCCUUAUAGUUAAUUUGAAAGUUUUCAUUCUGAUUGUGAUUAAGAUUUUUAAUCUUUCUCUCAACUUUAUCUCAUUACUUUUA